AUGCCCACCUUUGACGAGCGCGGCCUGGUGCCACCGGCGCCCCUUAUGGUCCCGGAGUCGACGGCGCCGAUGGACGUGUCUUCUGGCGACUCCCGCAAGGAGGAGGAAGAGGAGGAGGACGCGGAGCGUGACACGGAGGCGACCCCUGAGGGGAUGGGGGAGACCUCCCCCUUGCGCAAGGCCGACAUCCUCUGCACCUUGCCUGAUGACGAUGACGAGGACGAUGUCCUCCCGGAGAGGAAGGAGCCAUCCGUGGUUCCGACGAGGGGCAGGUCGGCGUUGAUCUCCCGAGAUGGCGCUCCUUCUCUGACUCCGCCUGGAGCCGCUUCGGGUCCAUCCGCUGCCCCUUCUUCCGCUCUUGGAGCCCGCACGCCCGUGCCUCAAGCUGCGAGGCUCUCCGGCUUCAAGCUUACGAAGUGGAGGGACUACACCGCGGUAGACGGGCCGACACCUGCGGCAAAGACGAGGAAGGAGGACGAGGCGACGCUGCUCGGGGCCAGAUCGCCUACGAUGGCCGCUGCCCUCUCUACGGACAAGGGCAGUGACGGCGCUCGUGCUUCUCCGGCCCGAUCAUCCUCGCGAUGCCUGGGGGAGCAUCCUCGGGAGGAGUCAGCCCCCGUGGCCCCGCUGGCUCUGGAUGUGCCAACGCAUGGCUCGGUCGCCGAGAUCGCAAAAGCUCAGGAGCUUCCGUCCUCCCAGGCCAUGGCCGCUGCAGACUCCGAGAAGGAUAGGGAGGCUGUCGCCCAGGCUGCAGCCGCCUGCGAGGAGGCGCUGAAGGAUGCCGAGGCCGCCAAGGACCGCUGCCGGUCACUGGAGGUCGAGCUGGAGACUGCGCGGAGGGAGUGCGCGAAAGAAGCCCGAGGCCGCAAGGCGGAGGAGGAGAAGAUGAAGGCCCGAGAGGACGCCGUCAGGGAUCGCGAUGCCGAGCUGGAGCAGUUGGCGAAGGCGCAGGCCACGGAGCGCGGCCGGUUGGAGGAGCUGGAGCAGAAGCUGACGGCGGAGAAAGCCGAGCUUGAAGCCAAGGCGAAGGUCCUGGCUGAGGACCGCGAGGCCUUCAAGCUCCUCGAGGCACUGCGGUCGCUCUACGAGAAGGGCUUGGAGGAGUCGCUGGCCGCCAGCAACGAGGGCCCCGCCCAGCUGCUCCCUUAUCUGGUUGAUGCGCUUGAGGACGUCGUGAGCGUUGUGAAGGGUCAGGUGGAGGCCCUGCUGAAGAAGUUCCGCGCCUUCUCUCCCGCGCCGUCGACCGGCGGUGCUACUGAUCCUACAACUCCGGCUGGCGGUAUAGGUGAAGGUGACGCUUUUGAAGAAGAAGCGUCCCUCGCAGGCGAUGGCGGCGACGUCCGGGGGUGA